UUUAUUUCUUGCUUUGUCUAAAACACAAAAUGUAAGCGUAAUGUUUUUUUCUAACCCAGUCUCUUUCGCGUGGUCCAAAAAAGGCGAGUUAAGGUUACCUUCUUCAAAGAAUUAGGACGCUUCUAUCAAAUGGCGUUAAAAAGAAUAACGAAGGAACUUCAAGAUCUUGGAAGAGAUCCACCUGCACAAUGCUCAGCCGGACCAAUUGAUGAAAAAGAUAUGUUUAAAUGGCAAGCCACAAUUAUGGGACCUCCUGAAAGUUCAUAUCAAGGUGGUGUGUUUUUUUUAACAAUUCAAUUUCCUCCAGAUUAUCCAUUUAAACCACCAAAGGUUACAUUUGUCACAAGGAUUUAUCACCCUAAUAUAAAUAGUAAUGGAAGUAUUUGCUUAGAUAUUUUGAGAAGUCAAUGGAGCCCUGCUUUAACUAUAUCAAAAGUAUUACUAUCAAUAUGUUCUCUAUUAACCGACCCGAAUCCAGAAGAUCCUUUAGUACCUGAAAUUGCAAGAAUUUAUAAAAGUGAUCGAACUAAGUAUAAUGAUCUUGCUAAAGAAUGGACCAAAAAAUAUGCUAUGUAACUAAUAUGAACUAAUUAUAUGAUUCUGCUUGUAAAACACUCGUUAUAUCUUUUUCACUUGAACAAUUGGUCAUUGUUUAGCCAGCUGAUAAACAAUAAAAUUUCGUGAUGACUUAAUGUAUUUUCUGUAUUGAGUCGCUAAUGAACAUUGUAUUUUUUA